CCACCCGGAGCUUCGCCCAGGCUGUCCGAGGUCACCCGCGGGAAUUCUGGUGCAGUGAGUGACUCAGCCCCCGGAAGGCUCGAAACUGCGUGCGUGUGAGCACCACUUUACCCUGAGGCAUCUGAGUUUGAGACCCUUGCCCUUCCUGUCCUGACCCUCCCCUCUGGCUGCUGCUCCUUCCUGUGCCCUUCCAACAAAUGCCACCUGCACUGACCUUUCCCUCUGUGCCCCCAGAUGGCCACCAUGGGCCGGUGCUACUACAAUGAGACCAUCGGCUUUUUCUACAACAACAGUGGCAAGGAGCUCAGCUCCCACUGGCGGCCCAAAGAUGUGGUUGUGGUGGCCCUGGGGCUGACCGUCAGCGUUCUGGUGCUCCUGACUAACUUGCUGGUGAUCGCAGCUAUCGCCUCCAACCGCCGCUUCCACCAGCCCAUUUACUACCUGCUCGGCAACCUGGCCGCAGCCGACCUCUUUGCAGGCGUGGCCUACCUCUUCCUCAUGUUUCACACAGGCCCUCGUACCGCCAGACUCUCGCUGGAGGGCUGGUUCGUGCGGCAGGGCCUGCUGGACACAAGCCUGACCGCCUCGGUGGCCACACUGUUAGCCAUCGCCGUGGAGCGGCACCGCAGCGUGAUGGCCGUGCAGCUGCACAGCCGCCUGCCCCGCGGCCGCGUUGUCCUGCUCAUCGUGGGGGUGUGGGUGGCCGCACUGGGCCUGGGGCUGCUGCCCGCCCACUCGUGGCACUGCCUCUGCGCCCUGGACCGCUGCUCACGCAUGGCCCCUCUGCUCAGCCGCUCCUACCUGGCUGUCUGGGCACUGUCCAGCCUGCUUGUCUUCCUGCUCAUGGUGGCUGUCUAUACCCGCAUUUUCUUCUACGUGAGGCGGAGGGUGCAGCGCAUGGCGGAGCACGUCAGCUGCCACCCCCGCUACCGAGAGACCACACUCAGCCUAGUCAAGACCGUUGUCAUUAUCCUGGGAGCAUUCGUGGUCUGCUGGACACCAGGCCAGGUGGUGCUGCUCCUGGACGGUCUGGGCUGCAAGUCCUGCAACGUUCUGGCCGUGGAGAAGUAUUUCCUACUCUUGGCAGAGGCCAACUCACUGGUCAACGCUGUGGUGUACUCGUGCCGAGACGCUGAGAUGCGUCGCACCUUCCGCCGCCUCCUCUGCUGUCUGUGCCUUCGCCGGUCACCCCACGAGUCUGCCCGCUAUGCUCCCUCCACCCGAACAGGGGCCAGCACGCGCAUCAUGCUUCCAGAGAACGGCCACCCCCUGAUGGACUCCACCCUGUAGCCAGCCUGGGACUUCAGUGCGCUGAUGCAAAUGCCCAAUUAGAGCCCCCGUCUGCUUGUAAAUGCACCGGGCUCGACCUGAGCUGCAGGACAGACCCUCAGUCCGCGUGGCACAGCUCCCCUGCCAGCCUUCCCUGGGCUCAUGGCUCUGCCUGCUGUAGGGCCUCGGGGUCAUCUUGGAAUGCCCAGGAGAGAGUCAGAGGGGAUUCAGGAAUCUGCUCUUCAAUCAUCUCAGGCCAUGGGGUUUUUUAACUGACAUUUUCUGGUUUUACUGCCCAUCCCUGGUAAACCCUGUGGACCACUUCCUUGUCCAUGGCGGUGUGGGUGUUAGACCGGGGAGAGGAGGGCUGUCUCAGGCCACUCUGCCCAGUGCGACAGGGUUACCGAGGCUGGCCCAGGGAUGCACCAUCUGCCAGAAGCAGAUUCUUUAGGGGCAUGGACUGAGGGGUGCUGAGCAUGAGCUAGGAAAAGGUUUGUGGCCUCUUGGAGCUUCUGGGGUCUUGCCUGUCCCGUUUAGAAUUGAGGGGGGGUCUGUGGGGAGAACAUGAUACAAGGAGUAAACCUUUCUUUCCA